AUGAAGUGCCUCGACACACUCCUUUUAAUUGUGACCUUAGCUAUUGGAGCCACCGCGGAGGCUUCCGUACGGACAUGUGAACCCAUUAAAGUGGCGAUGUGCAAGAACAUUGGUUAUAAUCAGACUGGAAUGCCGAACUUAGCUCGGCAUACAUUACAAGUGGAAGCAGAUGUGACUUUGCAGACUUACAGCCCCUUAGUGCAAUACGGAUGUUCAUCUCAGUUGCAUUUGUUCCUCUGUUCCGUUUAUGUCCCAAUGUGCACAGACAAGGUCGCCCUGCCGAUCGGACCGUGCAGAGGGCUUUGUGAAAGUGUCUACGAAAGAUGUUAUCCCGUCUUGAGAGGGUUUGGAUUUCCCUGGCCUUCGGAGCUUGACUGUUCACUGUUCCCGGCUGAAAAUAAUCAUGAACAUAUGUGCAUGGAAGGACCAGGAGAGCGCGUGCCGCCUGUUGGUACUAUCCCUUUGGAUACGGCAACAUCAAAUGGCAGAGGCGCUUGUCGACGACUUGUGAAGCCAAGCAGCUGGGUGUGGGUUAGGGGGUCUGGUCGUUGUGCACAGUUUUGUGAUGCGGAGGUACUUUGGGAGGCUGGCGAGCGUAAAGCAGCUGAAGUUUGGUUGGCGACAUGGGCGGCGUUAAGUUUUGCGUGUACGCUGGCAGCAGUUGGAGCCCAGUUGGCUUGUGGGGACAGAGGAGGGGCCGGUGAACGAGCGCUAGUCCUCGUGGCCCUGUGCAGAUGCGCUGCAGCAGCCGGCUGGGGUGUCCGGGCCGCAGCGGGCCGCUCCGCCGCUGGGUGUGCCAAGGACUCCAUGUCCCCAACUCGCAUGCUGCUGGCUCACGAUGGAUUAGCAAAUCCUAACUGCGCUGUCGUGUUUCUGCUGUUAUAUUACUUCGGUCUGGCAGCAUCCGUUUGGUAA